AUGGGCGGUCUCAACCUAGAAGUUUUCAAGUUCGGCAUGUACGUCAUGUUUCCCAUCGGCAUCAUGUACUACUUCGGCACGAACUUGGACAAUCGCUUCUCGGUACAUGAUUUCUGGCCCAAGCCUGAGGAGUGCAACAAGCUGCCGCGCGACAGAGAGGAAGUCAAGGCCGAGUACGAGCGGAUCGUGGCGCGCCAGAGGUUCCGACAGGCACAGCUUCAGGAGGAGCAGCGCCAGCGAGCUCUGUUACAGGGAAACCAGAGCAACGGAAACGACUCUUAA